AUGCUUUUUUCAUAUCCUGCAUCGGCUGCAUCGGCCGCUUGCAUUUCCUCCAAUUGGGUUUUCACCAUCUCAGGAGCUCGAAUUCCUGGCACAGCACCAGGGGGUCAGUCUGUCACGCGAGCCGCCCUGCGCUGGUCAGUCCUGUGUUCGCCGUGGCCCGGCUCGGCCUCCGUGGCCGACCGGCACCGGUUGGGGCCGACCGGCACAGCGCAGGUUCCGUGCGAAGUGGUGCCGGGCAUCACCAGCGCCCUGGGCGCGGCGGCCAGUUGCCAGGUGCCCUUGACCCAUCGCGGCUUCAGCACGAAUCACGUGCACCUCUGCGUGGGGCAGAGCAAGGCUAAGACCCUUCCGGACAUGGACUGGUCUGAGAUGGCGAAGCGGGCCAUGAAGCAGACGGCGGUCUUCUACAUGGGCUUGAAGCUACUGGACCAGAUUUCGACCACCUUGAGGGCAGAUGGCAUGAUGGAGGCGCCCUGCGCGCGCCACAUGGCGCGCGAAGAGCAUCGCUGCAUCAUUUGCAUGGCCUCAGAUGGCUGGCAAUAUGUGGCGCUGCAUCUGGACGAGGAGACCGCCUGGCGCCCCCGGGCAGUGCCCUACAGCGAGAUCUUGGCCUCGCACACGGCCUGUGGUAGCUGCUGGGCGGAGUGGGCGAAGCGCCAGGUGGCGCGCGGAAAGUGGCCCAGCUGCCCCAUGUGUCAGCGGCGUGUGGAGGUGGAAGAAAGCUAUGCAGAGGCCAAGUGCAAGGAGUGCCUUGAGGUGGUCUUGAAGAGAGUGAAGUUGACGAAGAGCGUUUCAAGGCCCAAGUGCCAAUGGUUUAAGGUGUUUUGCGGCCUUUUCGUGGUCUUUUCCCUGUGGAAUCUCUACUGGGUGACCCUCCAAGUGGCGUUAACCUUGAGCUCACCCGGUUGGGUCAAGGAGCUCCCCCCUGCGCUCCGCCUAGUACUUUGCAAUGACGAAGUCAAAGCGGUUUUAGAUCUCUUUACAGAGGAUCCAGUGCUGAAGCUUUCGACCUCCUUUCUCAAUGACAUCAUCGUGGAAGGAUGCAAGCAGCGGCCCUGGUGGUCGCCCGAGCCGAGAAAGGCGCUUUCAGCAGCGGAGAAGCCGCGCGAAGAGCUCUGA